AAAUAAAUAGAGCGAAUCAACUUCGCACUAUGAGAAAAAGCUCGUCUUCAUCAACUCAACAGCUCGCUGUGAAUCUCCAAUUUUGACCAAAAACCUAACGGAAAAUUCACCGGAAGUCACGAUUCCGAUAUUAAACCUUUAUAAAAAUGGCGAUUUCGACUUUAGCUAGAAGAAAGGCUACAACAUUUUUAUCAUCCCGAUUUCUCUACAGCACUUCCAAGUAUUCAUUUUCUCUGACGAGAGGCUACGCUUCAGGAUCCGAUGAAAACGACGUCGUUGUGAUCGGCGGUGGUCCCGGCGGCUACGUGGCGGCGAUCAAAGCCGCACAGCUCGGGCUCAAAACUACAUGUAUCGAAAAACGUGGUACCCUUGGUGGAACUUGCCUUAAUGUUGGUUGUAUUCCUUCUAAGGCACUUCUUCAUUCCUCGCACAUGUUUCAUGAAGCACAACAUUCAUUUGCCAAUCAUGGUGUGAAGUUCUCUUCUGUUGAGGUUGAUCUUCCUGCCAUGAUGGCGCAAAAAGAUAAAGCUGUGUCUAACUUAACACGAGGUAUUGAGGGUCUAUUCAAGAAGAACAAAGUAAACUAUGUUAAGGGCUAUGGUAAACUCCUCUCCCCUUCUGAAGUUUCUGUCGACACCAUUGAUGGCGAUAACACCAUUGUUAAAGGCAAGAAUAUUAUUAUUGCAACUGGUUCUGAUGUCAAAAGUCUACCUGGUAUAACCAUUGAUGAGAAGAGAAUUGUAUCAUCUACUGGAGCGUUAGCUUUGACAGAAAUUCCAAAAAAACUAGUUGUUAUAGGUGCUGGUUACAUAGGCCUUGAAAUGGGAUCUGUCUGGGGCCGUCUUGGCUCAGAGGUGACUGUUGUUGAAUUUGCAGCUGAUAUUGUUCCAACCAUGGAUGGUGAAGUUCGCAAGCAAUUCCAGUGUGCUCUUGAAAAGCAAAAGAUGAAAUUCAUGCUUAAGACUAAGGUGGUGUCAGUUGACACUGCAGGUGAUGGUGUGAAGUUGACCCUUGAACCUGCAUCUGGUGGUGAUCAAACUAUCCUUGAGGCUGAUGUAGUCCUUGUUUCCGCUGGAAGAGUUCCAUUCACUUCAGGGCUUGGAUUGGACAAAAUAGGUGUUGAAACUGACAAGGCUGGUCGAAUCUUGGUGAAUAAACGUUUUGCCAGUAAUGUCCCGGGGGUAUAUGCAAUUGGUGAUGUCAUUCCUGGGCCAAUGUUGGCUCACAAGGCAGAGGAAGAUGGUGUUGCUUGUGUGGAGUUCAUUGCAGGCAAGGAAGGUCAUGUAGACUAUGAUAUGGUUCCUGGUGUCGUUUACACUCACCCUGAGGUGGCUUCUGUUGGGAAAACUGAGGAACAGGUAAAGUCACUCGGGGUUGAUUAUCGUGUCGGUAAAUUUCCUUUCCUCGCAAACAGUAGGGCCAAGGCAAUCGAUGAUGCUGAGGGACUUGUUAAGAUACUUGCUGAGAAAGAGACUGACAAGAUAUUGGGCGUCCAUAUUAUGUCACCUAAUGCAGGGGAGCUUAUUCAUGAAGCUGUCCUGGCAUUGCAGUAUGGUGCAUCGAGUGAGGACAUUGCUCGUACUUGCCAUGCACAUCCAACAAUGAGUGAGGCACUCAAAGAAGCAGCCAUGGCCACUUAUGACAAGCCCAUUCACAUGUAGACUUGUGUUAUAUACUCUGGGAGUCUUGUUUUUGUUAUUCCUUUGAGAAUCUUGAAUGCUUAGAAUAGGCUUCUUGUUGCUGCCUUUACUCGAGCAGCGCUUUUCCCCCUUCAUUUGGGAUCCCAAAUACAUCAUAUAAAUACUCAUCGUCUGCAUUUUUCCCCAUAAAUAAAGAUGAGAUGUAACCUCAUAUAAAUGCCGCUGAGAGUUGGCUUUUGUUUGGGCAAUUUCUACGAUGUCAUUAAUAGCCUCUCCGAGUGUACAUUUUCUGAAUUUUCUGUAGAGUUCAAACAUUGCAAGGUCAUAGUAUAUUAUGCUCA